CAGAAUUCCCUCGAGCUUUAUCGUCUGUAUUCCGGUAGUUGAGUCCCUUGCCGAGUCGCAUCUUGCAGCCUGCAAGCUAACUGGUUGCCGCCUGACUCAUCGGCUUCACUUAUUAGUUCUUUACCCUGGACAGCUGAAAGCAUGGCUCCAACCACCAUUGCAUUUGACCUAUACGGGACUAUCCUGUCCACCGACUCCAUUGUGAAAGAGCUGACUAAACUGUUCGGAGAUGAAAAAGCCAAGAUCGUUGCGACGCAGGCCCGGCGCUACCAAUUGGAGUAUUCUUGGCGGAUUAAUAGCAUGGGCAUGUACCAAUCGUUUGGCGAGUUAACGCGAUGGUCAUUCCGGCAUGCUGCCGCAGAAGCCGGCGAGGAGCUGUCACCAGAUGAAGAGGAUAAAGUAAUGAACGCCUACAAUGGCCUAGACGCAUUUCCCGAGGUUGAGGCAGGUCUCGCCCUCAUUGCCAAGACUCCCGCAGUGGAAGCCUAUGUCUUCUCCAAUGGCACUGAAUCUAUGAUCGCAUCGUCGCUACGCACAUCCCCAUCACUAGCUAGAUCUAGCUCUGUCCUACCAACGUCCCGCGUCGUUAGUGUUGACCCUAUAAGAGUGUUUAAGCCUGACCGACGGACGUAUGAGCACUUCGCCAAAGUGGCGGGUAUGGAGUCACAGGUGGAUAGAUUGUGGUUGGUGUCUUCGAAUCCUUUCGACGCUCUGGGCGCGAGGGCUGCGGGCUGGAGGAGUGCUUGGGUCAAUCGAAAUCCCGAUCUUGGCUGGAUCGAUGGACUGAGCGGUGCGGUUGGAUUGAAGCCGACGGUGAUUGCGAAAGGCGUCGACGAGGCUGUGAGGAAGAUUAUUGAGAUUGAUAUCGAGGGCAAACCGGUAGAUGGCUGAUGUAGUAGUAGGAGUAAUGCACUCUAAAGCUGAAC